UCUCAUUCUUGCCAAUUUUCUGUUUAAGAGCAUCAGGGAUAUGGUGAGUCGAUCAAAAUUAUAGGUUCUUUGGGUGAAAACGGAUGCCCUUAUUUCUUCUGGCCAAAUAAAAUCUGUCUGGAAAUCUUUAGGAUUCCUUGUAUUACUGCAUGUAGCGUAUGCAUACAUGCUUGUUUGGAGAAGCAAAGGAAUAGGGGCUCCUUUGCCUUUUUUGAGGUAUGAGGUACCUCAAAAGCAUACCUUAUAUCUCAAAAGCAGCCACUCUUGUUUUCUGCUUGGAACAGAAAAGUUAACUGACUACUGAGACCGAGUGAUAAGAGUGGUACCAGUAGGUGGUAGCUUGGUAUUUCUGCUCUGAUGUAUGGUCAGCCCUUAACACUCCAGCUAUUAAAUGUCCUCUGACAUUUUACCAGUUUGCAAAGGUUACAAAAAUGGACUAUAAAUUUUGUGCUGUGCAGGUCAUAUGACUGCCUGGAGACUGCAAAUUGUUGUUAAACUGAAGGACUUGCAGUUAAGCCAGUGCAGGAAAUGAGUGAAUCUUUGAAGUAGUUGUGAAUUUAACCAUAGAAUACUGCUUUUCCAUCCUACAUUUUUCUAACCUUGGUUCUGAGGGAUUUACCCUAUGAAGGCAGCCACAGAUGUUUGUUGUUGGAAAAAGAAAAAUCUUCCACAGCAUCUGGUUAAGAUUAGGCCAGUUUCCUGCCAAAGAGGAAGGGGAGGAAGAAACUUAUAAAAAAGGAGACCAUAAAUGUUGAGUUAAAUAAGGAGAUGCUGUCAACUUUUCUUGUCUUCUGGGAAGAUUUGGAAAAGUCAGUUUAGGCAAAGAAAAGAAGCUGGAAAUCUCUUCUAUGUGUAUCCUCCAACCCCAUUUCUAUCUUACCCUUUGUUCCACUCCAAAGUUGGGGACACUGAAAGGUUAACUGAGAUGGCCCAGUUGUUUGGUCUCCACCCCAUUAAUGGUUGUAAGUUUAUAGGUAUGUGUGUACAUACUUUGGAUUUCCCUCUGUCAUACUUCUUGGAAUUAGAUAAAUCUUUAUCUUGUACAAAGCCAUCCUCUUCUAUCACCCUCAAUUCCUCGUCUACCUUUCUCGGAGAGCUAAGUUUUCCUCUGUCUUAUGGUUCAGAGGCAGGGCUGCUUAUCACUAGUCAUGACUCCCCAAGGAUUCUUCCCUAUGUGUGCACUUUUUUCCUAAGAGGAACUAGACUUCUGUUAGCUUUUAAAAGGAAUCUGUGACUCAAAGGUUAAGAGCAACCUACUGGAAUAUGACUAUUUUCUCAACCGUAAGCCAGGCUGUGAAUCUCCAGGCAAAUGGAAGAGUCUUCCCUAAUUAUUCCCUUCCCCAGGAUGUGGGGGCUCAAGGUUCUGCUGCUGCCUGUGGUGAGCUUUGCUCUGUACCCUGAGGAGAUACUGGACACUCAGUGGGAGCUUUGGAAGAAGACCUACAGGAAGCAGUACAAUGGCAAGGUGGAUGAAAUCUCUCGGCGCAUAAUUUGGGAAAAGAAUCUGAAAUAUAUUUCCAUCCAUAACCUUGAGGCCUCUCUUGGUGUCCAUACAUAUGAACUGAGCAUGAACCACUUGGGAGACAUGACCAGUGAAGAAGUGGUUCAGAAGAUGACUGGGCUCAAAGUACCUCCCUCUCAUUCUCACAGUAAUGAUACCCUGUACAUCCCAGACUGGGAAGGCAGGGCUCCUGAUUCUGUUGACUACCGAAAGAAGGGCUAUGUUACUCCCGUCAAAAACCAGGGUCAGUGUGGUUCCUGUUGGGCUUUCAGCUCUGUGGGUGCCCUCGAGGGCCAGCUCAAGAAGAAAACAGGCAAACUCUUAAAUCUGAGCCCCCAGAAUCUGGUGGAUUGUGUAUCUGAGAAUGAUGGCUGUGGAGGUGGCUAUAUGACCAACGCCUUUCAGUAUGUGCAAGAGAACCGUGGCAUUGACUCUGAGGACGCCUAUCCCUACGUGGGCCAGGAGGAAAGCUGUAUGUACAAUCCAACAGGCAAGGCUGCUAAAUGCCGCGGGUAUAGAGAGAUCCCUGUGGGCAAUGAGAAGGCGCUGAAAAGAGCUGUGGCCCGCGUGGGACCCGUCUCUGUGGCCAUUGAUGCAAGCCUGAGCUCCUUCCAGUUCUACAGCAAGGGUGUGUAUUAUGAUGAAAGCUGCAAUGGUGAGGAUCUGAAUCAUGCACUGCUGGCAGUGGGAUAUGGGAUGCAGAGAGGAAAUAAGCACUGGAUACUUAAAAACAGCUGGGGAGAAAACUGGGGAAACAAAGGCUAUGUUCUCUUGGCUCGAAAUAAGAACAAUGCAUGUGGCAUUGCCAACCUCGCCAGCUUUCCCAAGAUGUGACUGCAGCCAGCCAGCCUCCUCCUGUUCUUGCGUUCCUACUUGAUGCAGUACCAUGAUAUGCCGUGGGAGGGAGCUGUGUACCAUUCUUGAAACAGAUGAGGCAACACAGACUCUGCGUUCCAUUCUUCAUUCACCGGUGCUUCAAGUGAGACCCUACAACUUUCCUUCUCUCCAGCUGAAGCCCUUUUCUCUGGGGUCACAUGCAGGAUUUCCCAGAGAGGUAUGGGUGCAUGUCCUGGGGCUAACUCUGUGGAGGUCUUCUGAUGGGCUAGGUUCUGGUGCAUUAAGACUACUUAGCUUUAAGUACCCUGGAAGACUAAGGCAACCUGACAUCAGUUUCUGAGUUCCCUUCCAUAUUCUCAAGGUACAGAUUUCUGUUUUUCACUCCACUUCACAAAUAUAUUCAUAAGUUUUUGGUACAAAUUCUCAUCAUAGAAGAAAUGUUUUCUUUUUCCUUCUUUGUGUUUUUGAAAUAAAGUAUCUCUUAUCUACGAUGUAAUAAA